AUGGUGGGGAUAUUUAUGUGUGAUAAGUGCAUAGCAUGGAAAGAUAAAACCAAGAAAGAAACUGCCCGCACUGGCCCUGAUAGCCCUCGGGCAUUUUUGAGCACACCGACGACGACGACGAAAACACAUGAUCAUGCUUUGAUACCCCCCGGAGAGAAAAACGUUGACCAUGAUUACAUCUUCAGCGUGGCUGCCCCUGUCCCCCAGCACGGGCAAUUUAAAGUGGAGAACCAGUCUUCAAUUCUACCAGUGCAGCCACGGGCUUCUAUGUGGCAAAGGCUGAAAUGGGCCUUCAUCCUAUCCGUUGGCUGUAAAAAUUCUCUGUCUCGAUUGAGUAGCGCGGAAUUGAAACUCGCGAUCGGGUCAGCGCUGGAGGCCACGCUCAUGGGAAGCGCACUUGUUCUCACAGUGAGCCUGCAGAUUCAGGAAGUCGUGGGAGGGAGAGGCGGGCUCAAGCCAGAUGGUGGCCAUUAUGUGGCGAGAUAUACCUUUGUCAUUGCAUCUGCACUAUCCUUUGCCUUAUGCUUUUACGCGAUCAUGUCGUCCUUUGUCCUGCUACUAGAACUCUCCCCGUGUCCGCCGAGGUACGUAAGUCGGGAUGAGAAUGCAAACAGGAGCGCUUCCUUUCUCGUGCAAAAGUGCAGUAGAGAACGCAACCCAUAG